ACUAAGACAGCCCUUAAGAUGUUCUUCUUGUUGAUGACAAUCUACCCUGAAGUAGUAAUGAAAGCACAAAAAGAAAUUGAUUGCAUCAUUGGAAGAGUCUGUUUACCCUGUAUUGCCAACAGGGAGAACCUACCAUAUCUCAGCUGCAUCCUG